UAAUGCCCGACGUCGUCUGGUGCCGAAAAUGAUUGAAGCAGAGAACAAGCGUAGAGCCGCCUGUGACCAACCGCCACUGAAGGUCGAAGCAUUUACGAUGAGCAACUGCACAUCUUCGUCACCAUGCUCCUCAGAGGAAUCCGCUGAUGCUAAGACCGACUAUACUUUUGCAUCACCCACUGAUAUCCCCAUGGAGACGGAGAAUUCUCUCGCACCCAGAUCUCUCAUGCUCCCAUCCCCUUGCAGUAUUUCAGACAAAAGCACGAGCACAAGGAGUAGUUCACUGCCUGCCAUUGCCUUCAGUCCGGUGGGAGCAAUCAGUGCGUUGAGAGGAGCAUUGCCACAUGCACAGCCCAUUGCGUGGACAGGCGACAGGGCAGCUGAGCCCGCCAGUUCUCCCAGCCACAAGUCAACAUCAGCUGCUGCUGCCUGUCAUCCCUCCUCUUCUUGCCAUUUGGAAUCAUCAGCAACAGCACGCAUUUCCAAAGGCGAUAAAGGCGAUCGUAAAGCCCAGCGCCCAGCAACCCUACUACCUAGUCACUACAUUACUGUACAACAGCAGCAGCAGACUAAUGCCAGCCCUCCAUCUCACUCGGUUUCUAGCAUCGCAACACCAGUGCACGCAGAGCAGCCCGCACCGCCUGUGCAGCCUGUACAACCGGUACCCAACAUAACCAUUGCUCCACCUGCUCCACCUGCUGCAUCGGCAAUGAUUGUACAGGCACCCACAGUGAGCAAUACAGCGAUGUUUAGCCCGGCCACAGUGAGGAUGCCGUUCCAAGUAGUGCACCAAUUCCCAGCAGCACAGCCAGCAGCAGUGGCAGCAGCAGCAGCGCCAAUGUACAAGGAUCCUUCUACACUGUCGCUGGCCCAAGCAUCCGGCUCAGCAAGGUUCCUUCCCAGCAGUCAUGUGACAGUUCCGAGAUUGCAGCCUCUCCAUGUGAUUAGCGUGAUUCCCACUGCCUCACCGAUGCAUAUCCCAGCCAGCACGAUACCAUAUCCGCCUCAGCAUGCAAUGCAACUGGCACCCGUACAGGCAGUACAAACAGUUCAGCCAGCUCAGCAAGCAGCAGCAGCUGUAGCACUACCACAACUGCAGCAGCAGCAGCAGCCGCCGCAGAUCAUGGUAUUGCAAUACACACCCACCACAUCACCCAACCAUCCGGACACUGCUGCGGCCGUAUCUGUGGGCCAUGGAUCCACUGCAUCCACUGCCCAAUCAUCGCCACAGUAUCCAGUUGUUACGAGUACCACACAGUAUAGAUCAGCUGACGGUCAGCUGUAUCCCAUUGCCAUUGUGCCUGCUCCUCAGCAAGGUAUCCCAGUGACCACCAUCACACAUGACACCUAACUUAAAUACAACGUCCGCUCCAAUACAGGCUUACAGCCCUGAAUAAAUUCAAUGGAAUAGGAGAUGAGUUUUUUCGCCAGCACUGAGCAAUGUGCACUGAACACCAGCCGCAGACCGUCUAAUUUAAAAUAGCCCUGUUGUUUACAAUAGCCCUGUUGUUUGAAACACCAUAUGUGUACUUUAGGUUGUUUUGUGAUCCUGAACAAACCGUCUUUUUCAUGUCCUCGCAUUUUUAAAGUGAACAAUUUUGAUCUAAUGUGGAAUCCUGCACUUGUUGACAAGUCACGGCACACAUUGGUGUAUGCUAAUAAUAAUCCAACGUCAUCACUAUUUGGCUGUGCAAGUUGGACUGAGGGCCAUGUGCGGCGGGAGUGUAACUUACUGACAUCUUGACAAUAAUAUUGAUAACCCUUCACUACUUUUUCAC